CACUGUGCGUUCGCGCCGCUGUCGCUGCCGCUGGCUACCGGGAAAGCCCCGCGACGACCGCUCCGCGCUCUCCGGUAGGAGCGGGCUGAUCCCGCCGGCAGCCGGCCAUGUGCCCCGGACCGCCCCGGCUGCUGCUACAGCUGCUGGUGGUCGCGGCGGUCCUCCUCCACCCACUGGCGUCCGGCCAGAUCCUCAAGAACCUCACCGUCGGCUACUUGACGGCCGUCAGGGGCACACUUAAGGACCGGCAGGGCAUCGCUGUCUCCGGGGCCGUCAAGAUGGCCAUUGACCAGGUGAACGAAGAUGUCAAUACGCUGCCCAAUGUGACGCUGAAGCUGGAGUACCGCGACACGCAAGGCGACACUGUGAUGGCCACCAGGGUCAUGACGGAGAUGAUCUGCGACGGCGUCGCCGUCUUCAUCGGCCCCGAGGGGCCCUGCCACGUCGAGUCCAUCGUCUCGUACUCGCGCAACAUACCCAUGAUCAGCUACAAAUGUUCUGAGGAGGCGGCAUCCAAGGUACCCACCUUCGCUCGGACGGAACCACCAGAUACUCAGGUUACUAAGUCUGUGAUAGCAUUGCUGCUUUACUUCAGUUGGAAGAAGUUUGCCAUACUUGCUGAUCCCCAAUGGAAACGCGUGGCAGAGACACUGGAAGCGGAGGCAAAAGAGAACAACAUGACUAUCACACAUCAUAGCACUGUAUAUGAUCAACAAAUGUGCUGUGAUCAGAAACUAAGCUGUUGUUCAGCAGCGUAUUGGUAUAACACUGUUCAUGAAACUAGGAACAUAACGAGAAUUUAUGUGUUCCUUGGCAAUCCUCUGUUGCUAGUUGAAUUCAUGAAAGCAAUGCAACUACAAAAUUUAUUCGAUGACGGUGAAUACAUGGUCAUAACUGCAGACAUGAUGCCAUACUCUGUUGAACAAUCAUUUAAAUAUAUUUGGGGGUCUCUUGGAUUUGAUCAGCCAGACUGUAAUUUGGAUAGUAUUGAAAAGAGGCUAAGAUCAUUACUUGUAGUUGUGCUAACCCCACCUGCAGAUGCCUAUGAAAAUUUCACAAAAGAUGUGCGGACCAAUAAUACUAAAGAACCGUUUAAUUUUCCUAUGCCAGAAGUGUUUUUCAACAAAAGUUUCAAAACAUAUGUGUCAAUAUAUGCAGCAUAUCUGUAUGAUGCUGUGAAGCUGUAUGCAACAGCACUAGAUGAAGUGCUGGAUGAAAAAGCCAACUUGACAGUGGAUGCUAUUGAUGAAGUGGUGCAGAAUGGAACAUUGAUUAUUGAAAGGAUAAUAAAGAGGCAGAAGUAUACGAGCAUCACAGGAGCAAAUAUCAAUAUUGAUAAAAAUGGUGAUUCUGAGGGUAACUUUUCUGUUGUUGCACUACAACCCAGGCCAACAAAAUUAAGAGACUUAAAUUGCUCUCGCCAUAUGGCGAAGGUGGGACACUUCCGUGCUGAUGCUGAUGGGCUGAAAUAUGUUGUUGAAAUUAGAAUUGAAUGGGCUGGUCCAAAUAAACCUGAGGAUGAGCCAAGUUGUGGCUUCAAGAAUGAACUUUGUCCAGAAGAUUCUAAGUUUGGCAGCAUUGUAACUGCCGGGGUUCUGGCUGGUGUCCUUUUCUUUACGGCAUUUUUUAUUCUGACUAUGUACAGAAAAUGGAAAAUAGAUCAGGAAAUUGAAGGCCUUUUGUGGAAGAUUGAGCCAUCAGAGCUCAAAGGUUUCCACACAAAUGAUAUUGUAUCUUCCCCGAGUAAGAUGAGUUUGGUCAGUGCAACAUCAUUUGAAUCAAAAUGUGGUCCUCAGUGGUUUGCAACUGUUGGACAGUAUCGUAAUUUGAGAGUGAGGGUCAAAGAGCUGAAAUUCUCAAAGAAGAAAGAUAUUAAUCGAGAUAUUAUGAAAGAAAUGAGAAUUCUAAGAGAUCUAAGACAUGAUAAUGUAAACUCAUUUAUAGGUGCCUGUAUUGAACCUAUGAGAAUACUGCUUAUCACAGACUACUGUGCAAAAGGAAGUCUAUAUGAUAUAGUUGAGAAUGAAGACAUAAAACUGGAUAUGAUGUUUAUAGCAUCACUUGUCUUUGACCUCAUCAAGGGAAUGAUUUAUCUUCACAAAUCAGCUUUGGGUUGUCAUGGAAAUCUGAAAUCAUCGAAUUGUGUGGUGACAAGUCGAUGGGUGCUACAGAUUACAGAUUUUGGUUUGCAUGAGCUUAGGCAGUGUGCAGAAGGUGAUAGUAUUGGAGAACAUCAGCAUUACAGAAGUUGUUUUUGGAAAGCACCAGAACUUCUGAGAGAUGAUACAGCUAUUGGUGGUACACAAAAAGGAGACGUAUAUGCUUUUGCUAUUAUUCUUUAUGAAAUUAUCGGACGGAGGGGUCCUUAUGGAGGAUGCCCUUAUGAACCAAAAGAGAUAGUGGAACUUGUAAAACGUGUACCAUCUGAAGGAGAAAAACCAUUUCGACCAGAUUUGGCUGUUCUUGAUGAGUCUGACAUUGACUGCACUGAUUAUAUAGUAAAAUGCAUUGAAGACUGUUGGAGAGAGAAUCCUGAACACAGACCUGACUUUCCAACUAUCAGAAACAAUUUGCGGAAAAUGAGAGAGGGCAUGCACAGUAAUAUUAUGGACCAGAUGAUGGAAAUAAUGGAAAAGCAUGCUAAUAAUUUGGAGUACUUAGUUAGUGAGAGAACACGACUCUUAUUUGAAGAAAAGCGUAAAACUGAAGACCUCUUACACAGGAUGCUGCCAGCACCAGUUGCUGAACGGUUAACCAAGGGGUUUGGUGUGGAACCAGAGUCUUUUGAUUUAGUAACCAUUUACUUCAGUGACAUUGUUGGUUUCACAGCUAUGUCAGCUGAAAGUACACCCUUGCAGGUGGUGAAUUUUCUAAAUGAUCUUUACACAUUGUUUGAUCGAAUCAUACGAGGAUAUGACGUCUAUAAAGUGGAGACUAUUGGUGAUGCAUACAUGGUGGUAUCAGGUCUUCCCCUACGAAAUGGUGAUCGCCAUGCCGGAGAGAUUGCAUCCAUGUCUCUAGAGCUUUUAGAAGCAGUGAAGCACCACCAGAUUGCUCAUCGACCAAAUGAUGUUCUUAAACUUAGAAUAGGUGUACAUACAGGUCCUGUUGUGGCAGGUGUUGUGGGACUCACUAUGCCACGUUACUGUCUAUUUGGUGACACAGUUAAUACGGCAUCACGUAUGGAGUCCAAUGGGGAACCUCUCAAAAUACAUAUUAGUAUGCAAUGUCAUGAAGCUCUUGAGAAGCUAGGUGGAUACAUCAUUGAAGAAAGAGGCAUGGUAUACAUGAAAGGAAAAGGUGAAGUAAGAACCUUCUGGCUGGUAGGAGCAACAGAUAAAGCCAUUCAGAAACGAGAGGUUGAUCUUACUGAAUUACCACCACUUUUCUGUCGACCGAGGCGUAGCCCUAAGAUGAACACAGACUCUCGACAACCUUCAAUCUGUGGUGGUUUUGGACCAGGCAGCAGACGUCAGUCCAGCAUACCAAGAGAAAAUAGCUUAGAUGUUGAAAGUGCAUCUACUCUUCGUGCCUUUGCAGUAUGUAAUGCUGCUAAUAACUCUAGUCCUGUAGCAAAUCAUAGCCAGCGCAGUGGGUCAAAACGUGCAGAACUGUCCCCACUCUAUAUAAACGAUGUAAGUGAAUCUAGAACUACGUUGAGUGCAUCAGCUCUUGAAAGUCAGUCAGUACUCUCAGUGGAGGAUUGCAACGAAAACUGUGUUAACAAAACAUCAAUCAACCAAAGUCAGAGAGCAUUAUCUACUGUGGAGACUACUAGUGGUAAUAAGUUUCUAGAAGAUAAUAGUCGCAGUACAUUCCCUCAGACUCUUAGAGAGGCUAGAUCAUUAGACCCUCUGCCAGACUAUGACUCAACAAAUGUUGGGCAUCUACAAUUGAACUUGCAAGUACCUAAGAGAAGCUCUCGAUCUCUUGAAAACUGUGUGGGUUGCAGUGGUAAAUUAGUUCCUGCCAUGCAGUUCUCCUCAGAGCGCUGCCAUGCUGUAAAUAACAAUUUCCCAAAUGGUGAUGCUAUUCUUCUUUCCCCACAGAGUAACAAUGUGUGUGGGGGAAGCAGCACUGAUGACAUUCAGACACCUCUUCUGCAAAAUUUUUCAGAUAUUGAUGAGACUAUUACUGUGAAACGUCAGCUGAGAAGAGGGAAAAGUGGGGCUGAACCGCUUCCUGAUUUCCAUCCUGAUAAACGAUGGCGCUCAUUGGAAGAAAUGCCAGGAAAUGAUGCUAAUGUUAAUGGACAUAGUAAGAAAACACUAGCUCGUAAUUCUAUACGUAGUUGGCUUGCAGGAUUGUUCAAUGGAAAUGGUCUCAGAACAAGUGAUGCCUCAUUGAGAAAAGGCAUUCACAGUGGUUAUAGUGAUCUACAAUCAGAAAAAGAAAGCAUAGUCUGAUAAAUUGCCUUCUGCUAUUCAGUUUCAGUCUAAGCUGUCAACAUGUGUACAUAUAUAACUACCAAUAGGUAGUGUAGUAUCUUAACAUAUAUACCUCUUAAAUGUUGCUAAAAUGAAUACUGACUAUACAAAUGCUGGUAAUAAAAUACUGGCAUUGUUUUAUUUUUUAAUAAAUCAAACAAAAAAUAUAAUUUGUAAUUUAAAGUAAAGGUGCUCAGAGGCAGUUGUUGCCAACACCAUCUGCAGGUGAAUGUUUAGUUUAAAUAUAGUGUUAUUAAUUGCAAUAGAUUGUUGGCCAUUACUUUCAGAUGCCUUUAAGCACAUAUUAUUUUAAACACGAAAACAAGCAACAAAUAUUAAUUAAACAGACAGAAUGUCUGCAUGGCUGUGAAAAUAAAUUUUAGUAUAAAACAUAAUUUUAAGGUGCCAAGUACAGUAGAUAAAUAAUUAUUUGACAUGUUGUACAUAAGAGAGAUUGUGUGAAAGAGAAUGAGUGAUUUAAAUGUUUUUUGAAUUGAUUAGAGUGUAAUACAAAUCACACAACACUUUUUUGUUUGUUUGUAAAAAAAGAACUGAAGACUAAAGGUUGAUAAACCUUGACAUUUUUAAGAAAUAUAACAAAUGUUUCCUCAGGUAUAAAGGCAUUUUUUUUACAAAAACGUUUCUUGUAUGUGAAGAACAGCUCCUUUCUGCUAUGUGUUGCAAUGGACAUAAAAUUAGCAACAGAACCUGACCAGUUUGUCAGUUCACGGAAAAACAGAUGAAUCACAUAGCACUUGCUGUGCCUGUUGAUUAACAUCUAGUUAAAUUUUGUUGGCAAUUUUCAAGGAACACUGUUUUAUCCGACAACAUUACAUACCUAGUUCUGUGCUUCAAGUGUCAUUUAACUGAAACCCAUAUGUCUGUUUUCAUUGCUCAAAGUGAUUCUAAACUUUAUUUAUCCAUUACAUUCAAAUCUGCUGUUAUUAUGAAGCGUGAGUGGUUUUGUAAAUUUCACUACUUCUCUGCAUUUUUUGAAACCACAUACCACAAGAUGUUUCGAAAAAUUUUCAAAAUUUUGUACAGUGUAAGCUGAAUGCUUUUUGUUGUUGUUGUGAAGACAUAGUUUCCUAUCUUUUCUUUGGUUUAUAUUUCUACCUAUCAUCUAACUGCACCAUUAAGUUAUGUCAGAAAAUCUUAUUGGUGGUCCAUCAUUUGAAAUAGACCCUCACUUAUGAUUUACUAUCUUUGACAGUCAACAGUUAUAGAUAACACAUCUGAUGACUGUGUUCUUAUGUUGCUAUUUUUUACAUUACUUUAUGUUAUUAAGUUUCAGUUCUGCAUCCAGUUUAGCACCUGAUGUUUGUUACUUUGAGUGGCAAUAAUUUUCUAACUAAUGCUUCAAAGUUCUCAUAAGUUGAGUAAGCAUUAGGUACCAGCCAUGUAGAUUCAGAGGCCAGUCAGUUUGCCAGUUCUUUGGUGCCCUCAUUCCAGGUGAUUACAAAUAUUUUUUGUAAAAAUUCAUCAUUGUGAAAACCAUUAAGUCACUGCCAAGUAUAAGGUAAAAGUCCACUCAAAAGCACUGUGCCAGUUUCUGCCACAGACUGAACAAUGUGUAAUUUUUGUGGAAACUUCAGAAAAGUUCCAUUUAAUCAGAGGAACACAUACAAAUUGUUUAAAUACUUUUUAAAAAUGAUGUAUCCACUGUUCUGAUAUGGCCAUUUCACUUUAAAUCAGUCUGUACACAUACUCCUAACUAUUUUAUGGUCAAAACUGCUUCCAAUGAUUGACCACCAAAUGUUUAAUCUAAAUAUAUUUCUUGUUUUUGCUGAUUUAUGCACAAUAAGUUACAUUUCAUUAUCUUCAGGGUCAACUGCCAUUCCUUGUAUCAAGUGUGAUUCUAUGCAGGUACAUUGCCCUACAACUGUCUGGUGUUAUGACUUUCUUCAAUACAACAGCAACAACAGUAGAUAUGUUGCAACAGUUGCAUGUGAUUUUAGCUCUAAGAUUAAAAGCUUUUAAAAUUAAAUCUAAACCUAAAAUCAAGUGGUUUGUGAAUUUAAUUUUCUUAAAUCUGAUUUCCAGUUUUCUAGGUUUAUAAUGUCUCAUAUUUGAUUAGCAUUUCAUCUACCGUUUGCUGAUGUUCUUCCCAUGUCUUUGAAGCAACCAGAAUACUGUCAUCUUAUACCAUAAUUUCAUUAAUUAUGGAAUCAUAAGCUUUAGAGUCAAAUUCUCUACUUCACUCAGUUAUAAAAUAAAUUAUGGCUAUGCUGUUUUCAGAAGUUCAUUCAUAAUCAUAUUGUUUUUGCAUACCACCAAUCCUAAUAAUGAUGUUUCUUCUGUGAUAAACAGUGAAAAGAAAAAAAAGUUUCAUGCAUCACGUGUCUUCAAAACACCAAAUGAGCUAUAAAUUUUUCAUUCUGUUAUCUGCCAAAUUUUACAGUACACUUAGGAAUCAUGCAAAUAAUCAAAUCAGGAUUCUGGUACUGUGAAAUUAUUGCCACAGUUUUAUAAUUGAACAUAUGAUAUUAAUCUAGUCAUUUAUUCUUUGUGUGAUGGGUGUAUGUAAGAGUACUAUGGUACUGUACGAAUCUGCAACACAGAUCGAAAUUCUGAAGCUGUUGUUUAAUUUUAUAUCUGUUGGUAUUUAUACUCAUGCUGUGGAUACUUUGGAUAACAUUUGGUAUGACAAAUGUAUUUCAACUGUUUCGUUUCUCUCAGCACAAUACAUUGGUAUAAUCUCACUGACACUGUGGAAGUAUCGUGAAAAUGUGUUGCAGAAGCAAUUUCUAGGAAAUUGUCAUUAUCUGUAUUUCAUUCUGUAUCAUGUACUUAAACCUGAAGAUUUUUGUUAAUUAUCAGUAGAAGAUAAAUUAGGUAAAUGAUAUGACUGUUAUGGUGUCAGUAAAAAAUUGAAUUGAAUUUUUGGAAAGAUUUCACAUUUUUAACUGGGAAUAUAUUCUGAAACAGCUUCUCAAACUAAAAUCCUCAAAGCACUGUUUAAUAAUAUUUUUAAACACAAAAUUACUGAAAAAAGUGAUGUGCAGCAUACUGAAUUAAUUAUAAGGCACAUAUUUAUGUUUUCAGAAUAUUCAACCUCAAAUUAAAUUUGCAUCAGUUGAAUUCUUUGGAUAACUGAAAUGUAAAACAUGAACUGAUUUUGAAUUAAAAACAAUUGUGUAUCCCAUAUUUUGUAUCUAUGAGACUGUGUGCCGACUGUGUAGAUACACAUUCCUUCAUUGAAAAUGCCACUCUAAGGACAUGAAACGAUGCCGGUAUUUGUGAAUGUGUGUUAGAUUUUUGUGAGAAUAUGUAUUUCACGUAUGUUUGUACAGUUAAUGAAAUUUAUAUGUUAAAAACAGAAAGCAUACCUGUGACAGUUGCACUGUGCCUUUUUGAAAAUGUGUUUGAUUCCUUUUAAGUAAUCUACUCUGUACCAAAUGUUAUGCUAUUUCCCAUAAUUUGUGUUGGAAACUGAUUGUUAGCCUUUUAAAACAUAACUCAGAUCUUCUAAAAAAUUGUUAAAAUUAAUAAUUUUGAAACUACCAGACAAAUUUUAAGUUAUAGGCAAGUUAGAAAAUUUUGUAACUGGUGUGCAGUGAGUGAUUGUGAAAUGAUUGAUCUUAUUUGUUGAUAAUGUUUUUAUAAUAUUUCAUUUUGUGGGUAAAUUAUAAAUAAUAAUAUGUGAAGUGUGUGUAUGACAAAGUAUAAGCUUUGUGUUUGAUUUUAUUUAUAUUUGCACAAAGCUGUUCAAUGUUCAUCUUUGCACUGUGAUAAAGAAAACAGAAGGUAACUUUAGGCUUAUAAUCAAAAAUUUCGUAUUUCAAUCUGAAAAUAAUCAGAGAGGUGUAAGAUGAUUUUUAUAGUCAGAGGCCUUAGUGGUUCAAGCAUUUCACCAUGUUACACAGUACAAAUAUAUUGUAGUUGAUGUGUUAUAUGCUGUUGAGAAUCAAAAUGCAGAGAAAUAAAUAUUUAAAGCUUUAA